AUGGACUACUCUAACAUCUUUCGGCUCGUCAACAUCGCGGUGGGUGUGAUCAUGGUGCUGGGUGGAAUCAGCCAGUUCUUCCCUCCAUCCAUGAGCUCCGUUAUUGUUGGCGCAUACGUGAUCGUCUUCGGUCUCGUUGUCGCCGGCUUGGAGUUUCUCCCCCACGUUCCCGACUACGCCUACCGCUAUGCGUCGUUCCUCUUCUCCUUCCUGGGCCGUGGUAUCUUCUACAUCUUUGUUGGCUCCAUCCUGCUCCAUGACUUUGUCCUGCGUGAGAUUGCUGCCUCGAUCGUCGGUUUGGUUGGUGUUGGAUACCUGGCCCUCGAGUUCAUCCCGUCGAUCGAGCCUCCCUCCAACAUGCGCGAGUCCGACCAGGGCUGGGGCGCCGAGCAGGUCUAA